AUGUCCCCAAGCAUCAUCCAUAUAACCAGAGCCCUCCAUAUGGCUAAGGAUUGGGACUCCCCAGGUAGCUCAGCCUCCCAGGCUGUUUCAUUGGAUGCGUGGCAUGAUUUGGAUAACACUGACUAUGACUGCUGGCCCCUGGAGAAACCAGACGAGUUUAACAUGCUGGAUUGUGGAGGCCUAGAGAUGGCUUGGGUCCAGAGGCCUCCAGAAAAAAUCAUAAGUGGACAGUCCUUUGAUGUAAUCUAUGCCCUCUUUGCUUCUGACUACUUUUACCACUAUGCUGUGGAAAAUGGAAUCCUUUCUCACAGUGAUGCCGCUGCUGCUAAGAAGUUUUGUGAGGAGCAGGAAUGCCCUCCCAACUGGAAAGACGCGAAUGGCGAGAACUGUUGUGUCCAUCAUGCAAACAUUCAUUCCUGUCCAAUGGCAUUCAUGGUGAAAGGUGGCAUUUGUGGUCCAUGGAUUCCAGAUGAUGGCCAAAUAUUCACUCAUACCAUGUCUACUGCAGGCAAAAUGACACAAACAAACUGGACUGCCAAGGUAGUUUUGGUACACGUAGGCAUGACAUCUCUCAUUGCUCACAUCAGGGUUGGGAAAAUGCAAGCUGCUUUGGAAGCCCAAACUAUGGUGCUCCCCGCAGUAGUCUGUGGGGAUGACAUUUGUGAAGAUGAAGAGGGCUGCUCCACAUGUCCAGCUGAUUGUGGUGAAUGUCCAUUGACGACAGAUGCCAGAAUAGCGAUUGCUUUACCAAUAUGUUUAGUCUGCACAGGUUUCAUUCUGACUGUCAUGUGGUUCCAGUAUCAAAAGCAAAAACUGUUUUGGGAUGAAAGCUGGAUUAUAGACUUCAGGUGCAUCAAACAAGAACGCAUGACAAGAGCUGCAAGGGUGAGCGCCUUGAGUGUACCACACGCACCCAGUGUGUCCAACACCAGCUGUCUCACCGCACUGAGCUCCUGCACCGCAGCUGCUAAUGCUUCCAAGCCAAACUACUUCACACAGACUGGGAUCUAUGAUGGUAGAACAGUUGCCAUUAAGAAAAUAAUGAACAAGACAUUUACUCUCACCAAAACAAUACGUAAAGAGGUCAAGCAAGUGAGAGAAUUAGACCAUCCCAACCUCUGCAAAUUCAUUGGAGGCUGUAUUGAAGUGCCAAAUAUUGCCAUAAUAACUGAAUACUGCCCUAAGGGAAGUCUGAAUGAUGUGCUGCUCAAUGAAGACAUCCCUUUAAACUGGGGCUUCAGGCUUUCUUUCGCCACGGACAUUGCCCAUGGAAUGGCCUAUCUUCACCAACAUAGGAUUUAUCAUGGACGGUUGAAGUCCAGCAACUGUGUCAUUGAUGACCGCUGGGUUUGCAAAAUUUCUGACUAUGCAUUACCAUCCUUCAGAAAAGAAGAUUCUUUGAUGGAGCCUCACAAUCCUCCUCAGCAAUUUACACAGAUAUAUGUUGCUCCUGAAGCGCAAGCCAUACCGAAUUUUGAGCCAACUCCAGUUGCAGAUGUGUACAGCUAUUCUAUCAUUUUGUUAGAAAUAGCAACAAGAAGUGACCCGACACUGGAUGAUACAAAUUCAGAAGAAUAUUCUUUGUGUCCUCCAUUGGUAGAAUUAAUAUCAGAAAAAUCUGAGAAUGCCUGUCCAUGCCCUACAGAAUAUGUAGAGCUGAUCAGGAGGUGUAGAAAAAGCAAUCCAGCACACAGGCCCACCUUUGAGCAAGUCAAGAAGUUGCUACAGAAGAUGAACCCAAACAAAGUUAGCCCAGUUGACAUGAUGAUGACUUUGAUGGAGAAAUACAGCAAACACUUGGAAGUGUUGGUAGCGGAAAGAACACAGGACUUAACACACGAAAAGCAGAAGACAGAUCGCUUGUUGUAUAGCAUGCUGCCAAAACAGGUGGCAGAUGAUUUAAGGCAAGGGAAGCCAUCACAGGCCCAAAGUUUCAUAAACUCCACCGUCUUUUUCAGUGACAUUGUUGGCUUCACCCAGCUCUCCAGCACCAGCACACCUUACCAAGUGGUGGACUUCUUAAACAAACUCUAUACAACCUUUGAUGAAAUUAUCGAUAAUUAUGAUGUCUACAAGGUGGAGACUAUAGGAGAUGCCUACAUGGUUGUGUCAGGAGUGCCCAAAGAGAAUGGCAUCUGUCAUGCCAGUGAAAUUGCAAGUAUGGCUCUGGAACUUGUAUCGGUAUGCAAAACAUUUCGGAUUCCACACAAGCCUGACACUCAGCUAAAGAUUCGAGCAGGAAUCCACUCAGGGCCAGUUGUGGCAGGAGUUGUUGGAACAAAAAUGCCCCGGUACUGCUUAUUUGGGGACACUGUCAACACUGCCUCUAGGAUGGAGUCCACCAGUGAAGCUCUCAAAAUACAGUGCAGUUCAAACACAUACCAGCUGCUGGAACAGAUUGGAGAGUACAUAUUGGUGUGCCGGGGGAAUUUGCAAGUCAAGGGGAAAGGUGACAUGAUAACUUACUGGCUGGAAGGAAAGAAGGCUGGUACAGUUCAGAUGAAGCCUCUAAGCCCUUCUGCAACCUCUCUGAUGCCCAACCAAAGCACUUUCAGUAUCAUCCCUGGGGUUGUGUAG